CCAAUACCCAGCUUAUUUAUACCAGAGCAUGUGUAUCUUAUAUAUUGAAAAUACGUCAUAGCAUCUAUAGGCUAGAUGAAUCUAGAGCUUAUGUCGGACUUUAUCUUAUACAUUAUUCAAGCAUGCAUAUAUAUAGCGUUAUGCUUAGGUUAUACACUAGACAUAACUCUUUGCAUUAAAACUCCCCACUAUCUUUUUGCCCCUCUUCUCCGUCAUAUUGACAUGUCACACAAGCUCCCAAGUAGCUGACGAGACGUUGUUUGAUCCGUCCCCGUGGGUAAAGUUACCUUAUGAUACAAGAAGAAAAAGAAAAGCAAAUAACAUAUCAGUUGCUAGCUUUUUUUGGUCGGAUCUAUACCCAAUUUAGCGCCAUGGCGGGGAAAAAAGGGAGUGAUAAUAGCAAAAAGGCAGCUGGCCAGGCCCGAAAAGCUCAAACAGCUGCCAACAAGGCUGCCGCUGAGGAUGCAAAGAAGGCGGCGGAAGAGGACGCCGAAUGGGCUAAGGGUGCUAAAAAUAAUUCGAAGAAAGAAGCACAGGAAGCAAAAAGGGCAGAGCAAGCCCGAAAAAAAGCAGAGAAAGAAGCUCUUGCUGCCGAGGAGGAAAAGAGUCUACCAAGUCGUGCUGGCCCUAAGAAUUCCAAGACCGCUGUCAAGAAAACAAAUCGUGGCAUCGACGGAGCCUUGUCUAAUCUCUCCAUUGACGAUGACAAAAACACAGAAUACCAGGCCUCAGGUACUGACGCCAUUUUGGACCUCCUCGAAGGUCUUCUCUUAAGUUCAUCUGAAGUCAAAGUCGAUAAACAUGUCAGUAGAAGGGUCAAGGCCGCAUACGCCAAAUUUGAGGAAAGACGGCUCAAAGAAAUGAAAGAAGACGGAAGUAUAAAAGAACUGCGCUUUACUCAGAGGAAGGAGCAGCUCGCGAAAGAGUUUAUGAAGAGCCCAGAAAACCCAUAUAACAGCAGUGUGAACGUAGGUCACAAUGCGACAAAGGAAGAGAUUAAGGAAACCCAAGAGCAGGAACUAGCGCGAAAGAAGGCUCAGUUUGCCUCCAAGACCUCCGAAUAGGAACCGGAGUACUUGUUGGUUACGAAGGGCGAAAAGCACUGCGAAUCCUGGCAUAUGGCGGGGGGCCCUGGAAUGGAAACUCGGCAACCAGGAAAAGGUAGCGAGGGUUACAUAGAACAUUGUCUACAAACGAAGACAAAGACGAGGGUAGCUAUAUUGAUACAGGCAUCGAAGCUCGGUAUACAUAGUAAUCUUUGGUAUAUAUACUUACUAUAGUAGGUAUUGGGUACAAAUCUUUCAUAAACACAUUGUUUUUAAACAUUAUAACUACCAUCAAAAGGGCUUUCUGAGGACUGGCGCUUUAAUCUUUUUGAAACAUUGACUUGAGGUCUCCACUAGAGAAUAAAUAGUGCGCGAACACGCACAUCAUAUUGUAUUAGCGAAAGGUCGCGUGAUAAUAUUUGAAGGUGUAGCCCCCGCCGUUGGCUUAAAAAACUUAUCGGGUAGACGGGCUAAGCUUCGGCAAGCCUCGGCUUGGGACUCGGGGUAUUUUGACAAGGGUGGA